AUGGUUUUCAUCAACGGAGUCAAAUAUGCUUGGUACGCUUUCUUAAAGUUUUUAAUAUAUUGGAAAGCGAGGAUAUGGGUUCGUCUCCCAGCGAGUUUUCUCUGUCCGCAACAAAAUACGACGUGCAUAAAAGGACAUCGUUCGACUGCAUGUCACCACUCCGAUCGACCCUUAUCCAUAAUAAAACGAAAAGGUCGACCUAUAACACAAUGUGCUCAUUGCCGCGAACUUCGCAAAACACAAAAAGUGCAUGUAAAGUGCACAUGCAAUGAAAAGAAGAAAGAAGAGGUUGAAGCUCUUCUUAAUCCGUGUCAAUGCACAACAGGAGCCAAGUGCAUCUGUUGCCGACCAGCAGAGCAAGAAAUAAAUGAUAUUAAUAAUAUUUCCGUGGGAAAUACUAUUUUGGACAACAAUAUUAAUCAAACUUCUACGACCUCCGAUUUUUCUUUUCCUCCGAUAAAUCAAUCAACAACACAAAUUUAUGAUCAAAUAGAUAGAUUUUUUGCUCCCACGUCAAAUCAAACAAAUCCUAUAACAUCGACGGCAACAACUGGUAUUGCUGGAUCACUCGUAGGCAAUUCUAUUCCUCUUUUGCAAAUGACUGCACAGUUGAAUUCAUCAUACAACACUACAAUCGCUAAUAAUAAUAGAUCAACUAUCGGACCUCUUGCCGGAGAAAUAAUAGGACAGAAUGCAGUAACUGCUGCUCAAUUACCGGUAUUUCCAUCACUUCGUACCAUCACAUCUCAACAAAGUAACUCUCGAUUCUACAGUCCGAAAGUUACCAAUAACAACAACAUCAAUAAUAAUUCAUGGAACAGUGGUGGUUAUUUAAGUGAUGGCAGUGGAACAUCAUUAUCGCCACUAUCAGAAUCAACAAUGUCCUAUCAAUCACGUAAUCCCUAUAAACAUCGACGAAUUGCGUCUUAUCCGGGUUUAUCGUAUCCAUUACCGAAACUGGAAACACAAAAUACUGUUGGAAGUGGUGUUGAUAUUGACCUUAGUAGUUCUAUUAUUUCUGCUGGUCCACAAAAUUAUAAUUCAUAUCAUGAAGAGGACGAGAAAUCAAUGAUUGAUGAGAGUGGAAUUCUCGGCGAACAAUUAUGUCAUAGUACUUCUAAUGAUUUAGUUGAUAUUAUUUAUGGUCCUUUUCAGAGUUGUAAAUCGGCAUUACCAAAUGGAAGUUGUUGUGGUCCUGCAUCUGCAUCCUCUUCGUCAUCAGAUAAUUCGUCAUUAUCAACUACAACUGCCGCAUCGGUUUCCACCACUUCAUCUUCUGUAUGUCGAUGUGGUACAAGUUGUAGCUGUCAAGGUUGUCAGACUCAUUUAAGAAGAGAAAAUGCAACUGUAGGAGAUAUUGGAGUUCAUACUACAUCAAAUUCUUUACGAAAUAUCAAUAUAAAUAAUGACGGAGGAAGCAGUGGAGUCGGAAAUUGCUGUUCAUCUAAUCCACAACCACCUGAGCACACGACAAUUGUUGAUGAGGACGGCGUAUUACUAUGCGGUUGUGGAUGUCGUAAGCCAGAUACUGAUUGUUCGGAUUGUGUAAAAAAUUUAUGCGAGGGUAUCUAUUAG